AUGAUUUCACUAAUUUAUUUAAUGAUAAUUAUUUUAAAAUUAAAAAAAAUAAUUAAUAUUUUUGAAAAAAAAAAAAAAAACUUACUAUCAGAAAGACAAAUUAAAAAAAAAAUAGAAAAUAAAUUGUUAAAUGCUUAUAUUGAUAAGGUUGGCGCUUGUCUGUUGGUCGCCUCUUUUUUUUUUUUACUCUUAUUUUUUAUUUUCCAUGCAUAUCCCCUUAAAAAUUGA